AUAUUACGCCACUAAAUUUUUAUAUUCAGUAAAUUUUUAUUGUGUCAGUUUUCUGUAACACAUUCUUGCAGUUAAGACGUGAAGUUAUUUGUUCGCCUAAACAAAUCUAUCAACAUGUACAUGUUUUUUCCUGUUUGUCACUGCAUUACCAUUUUUGGUAUGAUCCUUUACGAGAAGGGCUUAAUCACACUGGAAAAGCGGACUGAAACUGUUCCUGUACUAAACACUUUCUUCGAAUAUCUUAAUAAAUCUAAAAAUGAAUCCGAAACAAAACUUCAGUUUCUGCAAAAUGUGAUAAAUCAAAGUGGCCCCUACGUCGGUAAAAAUCGAUCUCAUGAUACAAAGAACGUAAAGGAAAUUUAUCAGCACAUCAUUAGCACAACUCUGUUUUCUUCCUAUGGUAACAUUAACGGAUAUUUGGCCGAAAUAAUCAGCAAGAAAAGAGGAAACACUUAUGCAUCUCUCAAGAAAACUGUAUUUCAGAACCUUUUGCAAAACUACACCAGUAAAGACUACUGUUCGCCUCAAAGGAAAAGUGCUAAACUUACUUAUUUGACAGCAUCAAAAAUAUUUACAGAUCACAUCUGGCCAAUUUUUAGAGAGAAAAAAUUAGGAAUUUUCAAUGCGCACAGAAUUUUACGAAGAAGUUUGCCAAAUGAUACUUUUUCUGUAACUUCGACAGAAUCAAAAGAUUUAAUUAGAAGCAAUGAAUAUUUUCUCUCUACUUUGGGGGAACGUGUUUAUAAUGAAGGCGUAGAAGCAUUUGUUGUGUUUAAAGAAAAGGGACUGUCUUUUAUAAAAGAAAACAAUUUGUUAAAGUUUUUUCGAUUAAAUGUCGAAUAUGUAAAUAGCAUACAAAUUUUUGAAACAGAGGAAAAUAAUUCAAUUGACCUAUGGUUUAGUCACACAAUAAAUAGACCAUUUUUUGUUGAAUAUUUAAAGAAUUUGAAAGAAAAGGAGUUUUAUUUUAACGAUAUUACUCUUUUAGUAGAUAUUCAACCUGACGAGAUUAUCCCUAAGAAAUCAUCAAAAUUUUCUUUACAAACGGAAGUUCGUUAUCACAUGAAAUUUAAGUCUCGUUAUGGACUUGUUGAUUUAGCAAAAUUUCAUCAUAGUUUUAAAAAUCAAUACAUUGUAUUUCCAGAAAUCACAUUUUUUGUUAAUGAUGCUCAAUAUUUUAAUGGAAAGGAAAUUUUAGUUUUAGAAUUGCAUGAAAAGCCGAUUGAAAAAGAUGUGUGGAUGAAUAUUAGAGACAUGGAAUACCAUUUAAUUCAAAAUGAAAAAAUUGAAUCUAAAAGAUGCGAAAUUAUUAAGAAUGUUGCAUUUGAUAUAUCCCUAAGAACACCUCUGCACAGAUUUCGUAAAUCAGUGGAUAUUUUAAAACAGUAUAUUUUAAAAAUUGAUGAGGAAACAAGUCGUGUUCCCAGUUAUGAUAUGUUGGCACAAGAUAUUUAUUCAGCAAUUACAAUUCCUGAAAAAUAUGACGAAUGGAAAAUAACAAAUAACAUUUAUAUUAAUGAUGUUCUGUGUAAAAGUGAAACGUAUGAGGUCAUGGAUAUGAAAUAUGCAACGAAAAGAGUUAGCGAAAUAUAUAAUGAUACUUUUGAAUGGAAAGUAGAACCUGUGUGGAAAAACUAUAUGUUAACUCCUGAAGUUAACAAUAUUCUAUUUGAGGAUUACUACGUGUUAUAUUCAGAAAUUAACGGAGAAGCAGAGAAGUUUUCAAAUUUGCAAUAUCCUGCUUCAGUAUACAAACUGGCCUUAAGACAAUGUGAUGAGGAAUGGAUCCAGAGUCCAAUCACCCUUUAUUAUGCAAUAAAUAUGCCUAUUGAAAUUUUUAGAAAUUUUGUAACAGCUAAAGGAGUUUUUAUUAGUAGUAAACUUUUAAGUCCAUUUCAUUUAACUGAAGAAGCAGCUUUAAAAAAUUGUGCAAGCACUAAAUCCUCAGAAAGACUUGUACUGUAUAGUUUGGAAGUUAAGAAUCAAGUUGGAAUAGUGGAUGUUGGUCGUAUAUUUCAUAAGCAAGAUUUACCACUCUAUGUUACAAAUGUAAUAAAAUUGAAAAGGGAUACGAUUGUUCAUAAAAUUAUUGAAGGAAGAGAUGUUUUCGUCCAAAUACUGAGCGUCAUUGAAACACCAAAAGAGACUGCAAUGGUUUCAUUAAUAAAAGAGUUGAAUAAUCUUCUUAUGAAAAUGAAAAAAUAAUUUAUGCGCAAAAACUUUCUAUAGUUUUUACCGAUACGCAAUGCAUUGUUUUAAACUAAACGCUUGAUGUGUAUGCUUUAUGACAAAAAUAAAUCACUUAA